UAUUCAUAUAGCUCCUUUCCAUCUGGCUGCAGCCAUAAGGUAAGCCAAGAUGGGUGCUUACAAGUACAUCCAGGAGCUAUGGAGGAAGAAGCAGUCCGAUGAGAUGCGCUUCCUUCUCAGGGUGCGCUGCUGGCAGUACCGCCAGCUCUCUGCGCUCCACAGGGCCCCCCGCCCCACCAGGCCCGAUAAACAGCGCAGGCUGGGCUACAAGGCCAAGCAAGGUUAUGUCAUAUAUCGGAUUUGUGUACGCUGUGGUGGCCACAAACGCCCUGUCCCUAAGGGUGCGACCUAUGGCAAGCCUGUCCACCAUGGGGUUAACCAGUUGAAGUUUGCCCGAAGUCUUCAGUCUGUUGCUGAGGAGCGAGCUGGGCGCCACUGUGGGGCUCUGAGAGUCCUGAAUUCUUACUGGGUUGGUGAAGAUUCCACCUACAAAUUCUUUGAGGUUAUCCUCAUUGAUCCAUUCCAUAAGGCUAUCAGAAGGAAUCCUGACACCCAGUGGAUCACCAAACCAGUCCACAAGCACAGGGAGAUGCGAGGGCUGACAUCUGCAGGCCGCAAGAGCCAUGGCCUUGGAAAAGGCCUCAAGUUCCACCACACUAUUGAUGGUUCUUGCCCUGCAGCUUGGCGAAGGCACAAUACUCUCCAGCUCCACUGUUACCGCUAAUACGUGUCAUGUUUGUAAAAUUCUUACCUAAUAAACAAUUUAGGACAGUCAUAUCUGCUUAAAA